CACAAACGGAACGGCCCGGCUGAAGUUGUGUGAUGGCGAAGAUGCUCUAACUAGCUGCAGCUUUAUCAGGCGCUAAACAAAACGCUGAGCCAGUGCGGUGCCAGAUGCUAGAAGUAACUUCAGAGAUGUCGUCACCACAUCGCAAAGGACCAGAGAUUUCUCCAGGCCGCACUGUUGUUUCAGAGACUGACAGUGCUGCCAAAUCACGAAAACCAGACAUGAGGAGGAGGGAGACUCGACAGAGCCCAUUCAAAGUGCCAGACAGCAAUAGCAUUUUCCUUUUGAGUAUAAAAGAAAAAGCAGACCAAAAAGAGGAGAUGCGUAAAUUCCUGGCUUUGCCAAUUGAUGAGAAGACGACCCACGCUGCUCGAAUGACGGCCAAGCUGAGGAAAGAGCUGGAAGAACAAGUGGAGGAGGAGGAAGAUGAAAGGGAGAAGAUGAAGAAUCGGAAACAAAUCAAGAGUAGGACAGUUCUCCCUGAACAAACAACCAUCAGACAUGAGUUGAAGAUGGCCAUGAUGAAACGAGAAAACAUUACAAAAGACAGCAAACAUGACAUGAUCUCCAUGGAACGGCGGAAGGCAGUGUUGGAGUUAUCUCUGAUGAUGAAGAGGUCCGAGAUUUUGAAGAUGGACGACGUCAUUGCAAAAGAGGAAAGGCAGCUGAGGCAACUUGAGAAGAACAUCGAGAGAGACAACCGCAACUUUGAAGAGUUCCUCAGGGAGAACGAGAAGAAGUCUGUGGAGGCCAGAACAUUUUUUGAACGGGAGGCCAAGUCCAAACAGGAGCAGAAUGCUGAGAUCAAGAAACUGACUGCUGAAAUAAUAACCAUAAGAAGUGAGCUCGCCAAGUUUGAAGAAAUCCUGAUAGACUACAAGAGAUACAGGGAGCUUCUGAUGGAGUUGUCUCCUCCAGAGUGGCAGCAGGCACAGAAGACCAAAGCUUUGAAAUCUAAGGUCCAGUCUGACGGAGACGCUCAGGACAAGCACAACAGGCAGCCGGAGGAGUCAGCUUUAAGGAACGGUUUGGAGAUCAAGGCUUCCAGUCCAGGUCGAGAGCUGCCUUCCAUCAGAGAGAGCGGGCUGUCCUCAGCCCACAGCGACACACUGAUCACAACUUCCAAACUGGAAAGUGACAGCUCAGAAUAUGAGGAUGAGCCAGAGCUAUACUUCACUGAUCCCCAGCAGCUAAUGAAUCUGGUGACAGAGCUGACAGAGCAGAAUUUGUCUCUGAUUCAGAACUCUACGAGGGUGGAAGGGACACUGGAAGACCUCCGACAGUCCAUGGAGAUAUCCAGGAAGAAGAUUGAAAAGGACAAAGAGCAGCUGACACUGCAGAUCAACGACAUGAACCACAGAAUCGACUUAGAGAAGACCAGAGGCGCCAAGCUCAGACAGAAGGUCCAGCUCCAUGUCGUACUGAACACAGAAGACCAGGACGUCAUGUUGGAGGCUCUGGGUGAGAAGGUGGUGGAGGUCCAUCGCUGCUGCGUGGAUGAUAGAAUUACCAACCUCAGCACCUUGGAGAAGCUGGCCAAUAUUGAGAACCGCAUGUCUUUACUGCUGCAGAACCUCGAGAGCAUCCCUGAGGAAAGCUUAGAGAUAAUGAAGAACAUCAAGGACAGUGAGAGGAGGAGCAGGCAGCGUGAGGAGAAGCUGAGAGAGCAGAGAGAGAAACAGAAGGAAAGGAUGAGGAGGUACCUGGAGAGAUCUCUGGCUGACUCCAAGAAAAUAAGUGGGAGAAAGCUCGUGCCCAGAUGCAAGCCUGUUGCCCAGAAGGUCAGAGUCAGCAAUGUGGACAACACCCCUGCUGAAGAUGAGCUGCAUGCCUACCUCUUCACCUCUGAGGACGUAGGCUAGAGUAGAAGAAAGAGUGCAAUCAUUCCUAAAGUGAAAAUUAUUAUUGGAUAUUUAGUUGCCUACUCCAUAUUCAUGACAUAAAAUCAAAUAGAAUCCACCGGAAAUGUUAACACAACAAUAUCAUACAUUAUAGUGUGACAAGCAAUAAUAUGCAUGUGUAAGAUAAUAAUGUAAAGUACAAUAAAGAAGUCUGAUUGCAGUGAGUCCCUGGUUGUAAAAAUGUUAAACAUUAGCACUUUAAAUAUCUAGAUGAUUAUGAUCAAAUGCACAUUCUUUUAUCAAACACGUUUUCUUACUACAGCUCUGUUGCUGACUCGAUAUAAUCUACAGGUCUAAUUUGUAUCAGUGAAUACACACAUCCAUGAUCUGAUAGCUCAUAUUGAAAUUUGCCUGUAUUGGUGCAAUAUGUUUUCAAAUACUGUCUUUUCUUUUCUCUCUUUAUCAUAAUAAAAUGAGGAUUACAUAACAGACUUGACUCCUACUCAA